GUCAAUCCCAGGCGGCUUUACUUCCUCUUCCUGAGGCCAUCCCUGAUGAGGGAAAUGUGGUAAAAAAAAACAAAAAAAAAACUGUACAUGUCAAUUUCAGAUGGUAAAAGUUAUGUUUUAGCUGGGGUUUAAGUGAUGCUGUGCCUUUUAUGUCUAUUCUUUUCCAUAUUACACACAUUAAUUCAUUAGUAUUUUUCACAAGUAUGAAUCUUAUUCCCUUCAUUCCUCUUUUACAGAGUUCACAAUGAUCAAGUGUGGAUUAAGUUGUCGGACGGCAACACAUUUUCAUUGUUGCUAUUGUGCAGCAACAAUUAUAAAUCCAUUGCAAUUUACAAGGCACUUACAAAUACACCAGGAGGAGGAGGAGCAUGCUGCAGCCCCUGCACAGCACUUUCUGGCCCCUGUGCAGCAGUCUGUGGCCCCUGCUCAUCACCCAGAGGCCCCUGCUCAUCACCCAUUGGCCCCCGCUAGGCACCCAGAGGCCCCAGCUCAUCACCCACUGACUCCUGCAGAGUGUUCCGAGGCCACUAAAGCAUGUAGAGAACAAAAGAAAUUCAGUUGUCCUCAUUGCAAGGUGAUUUUAAGCCAAAAAAACUUCAAAGCACACUGCAGGAGAAAACGCACCCACCUCUUUGAGACGGGGUCGAAGGACAGAAUUUUGGCCUGUCAGUGUGUCGAUGGCACACAUGGUGUGUUUGCAGUUGAAAAAUCUUUUUCUGGUCCUGCAACACCCAUACAUGUCAUGAAGAAUACUUGGGGGCCAACACAGAAGAUCAUGUGUGAGGUCGACCAGUGUCGUCUGAACACUGACUUUGCUCGAAGGAGCGGGAUGUUGCCUUUCAAGUGCCACCACAUACAAUCUUUAUUGUAUUGCCCACGCACUGAUGGUCAAACCGUGACACUAACAGGUGAGGCCUUGGAAACAAUGGUGGACAAUAAAUGGUUUGGUGAGGAGCGUAAAGCCAGCCUCUUGCGUUGCCAACAAAAUGCUGAUGUAGAGGGUGUGCCUCUGUCUGUGCACCUGACUGUGGGUGGUCCACCAUCCAAAUAUCAUAUCUCUGUUUAUGAAAAAAAGGUAACCUAUUACAGUAGGUUGGGAAGAGUGAUUGUGUCAUAUGACUCAAAGCAAAACAACUGGCAUUGUCCCUGCUCUAAAGCGAGACAGUGUUGUAUUCAUAAAGCUGUUGCUAAAUGGCAUCUGUUUGUCACAAAGAGGGAGCUAUUUAGGAAGGUGAAGAGCACAGAUGCAGAGACACUCAAUCUUACCCAGAUCACCACAGUCCAAAAUGUCAGCAACUCUAAAGAGGACAGUUAUCCACCAGAUGACAGACAAAUUGCGAGGAUGCUUGAAUACCUCCUCACCAACAAAAAGCUCCCAGCAGAUAUACCCCAGGCUCUCAUAGAGCAGUCGAGAGAGGGAAGAACACAGGACAGCUUUCCUAAGCACCUUAUCCCCAGAGAAACAAAGUGUGUAGAAUGUGAAUACACACUUUGUGAACAACUGAUAACAUCGAAAGGCAAGAUCCUGACUAGCACAGGUGUAGUUGAAGGAAUAUCAACAUACAGGAAAUCAUGCCUGAACUGUGGCAUGAUUUACAGAUACCAGGAGUGGGAGGAGGGUAUCCACAACUUUGACCAUAUCAUCCUGUCUUUGCACUUGUGCCUGAUGGUCAGGAAUGCACUACAGACCCAUACAGCUAUCAGUAAAGUGAUAGAAAUUAUAGAGACAACAGAGAAGGUGUCCUUUCCAAACAAGGAAAGAGUUCUGCAGGCAUACCUUCACUUUGAGGCCCUAACCAACCAUGAAUACACAUACAGUUGUGUGUCAUGUGGAUACAGCCCAGCGGUUGUUGUAAUGGACCUCCACAAAAAAGGCAUUUUUAAUAUGCCAGUGAGUGAAAUCCCAAGUCCACCUGAUAGUUAUGAUGGUAAUGUGGACAUAAACGACUUCUGGUACGCUGUGGCCACAUAAAUAAUCAGUCGGGGAUUAAUUCCAUAUGGUCGGAAGAACCCUUUUGUUGUACACCCGAGCUAUCAUCACUGGGCCCCCUGGAUUGGCCCACACACCCGGAGGUCAAAUUCUGUGUUUAAUACAGAAUUUGAAAAAAUGCAAAGACCCAAAACGGCAAAUGAUGGGGACGAUAACCUUAAUGAUGAUGAAAAAAUUAAUGAGGAGCGCCUCACGGAUGAGCUUGUGAACUUGAAGGUAGAGGAGGUCAGGGCACUGUGCAAACAGUGUGGCGUGGACGACAAAGGGUCCAAGGUGGAUCUUCUCAUGAGACUGUCUAUCUGUCUGUCUGAGAAAAUGUCUAAUAGAGUCACCUACAACAAGGUGUUUGAUAUGUGGGGAGCCUCAGGUGGUUGGGCAGUUAUCACUUGCCCAUGUGGGGUUGUGUAUUCAGUCAAAUUCAACCUUAGAGCAGAGAGUCCACGUGACUUUGUGGAUCUCUUGCUGUCCUGGAAACACUUCCCCAAUGUGUCAGUGUACGAUUAUGCCAGGGGGCUGGCACUGCAUGCCAACCGCAGGCACCCAGGAAUCUUUGCCCCUUUUCAAGGUUCUGAGAAAGCUGGAGCUUGUGCCAGAACUUGCUAGUCUUAUUAACAGCCAGU